AUGAGCAUUCGCGACGCCUACCACGCCGGUUCGUGGUAUUCGUCCUCUGGUCCAACACUUACCGCACAAAUUGACCAAUGGCUUGCUGAUGUGCCUGAUGAACUUCCCGGCAUUGGAAAGACUCCCAUACCUGGUGCCCGAGUCGUCAUUUCUCCCCAUGCUGGAUAUGCAUAUUCGGGACCAUGUGCUGCUUGGGCGUAUCGAAGUCUUGAUCUUUCCAAAGCGAAACGCAUCUUCAUUCUCCAUCCCUCCCAUCAUGUGUCCCUCUCCACUCUCGCUCUUCCAAGCGUAACAGCGUAUUCAACCCCCCUCUCCGCCUUCCCUCUCCCCCUCGACCUCUCCACCAUCCAACGACUCUUGACCCUCACAACAGUAGUCAGCAACCGGACCCUCAAAUUCACCACCAUGUCUCAAUCCGUCGAUGAAGCCGAGCACUCAGCCGAGAUGCAGCUCCCCUACCUCCACCGCCUCCUCCAGCGACAAUACCCCGACCGUCCCGAAUCAGAUUACCCACCGCUAGUGCCCAUCAUGGUAGGGAGCACCAACCCAGCCACCGAAUCCGCCUUCGGCAAGCUCCUCGCACCCUACAUUGCCGACCCGGAGAACGCAUUCGUCAUCUCGAGCGAUUUCUGCCACUGGGGCUCCAGAUUCGGAUAUACAUAUUACCUGCCCAGUGCACCAAGUCCUGCCCUUCCUCCUACCAGCCUACCCAACGGGGUCAUAUCAUCUCCCGCUGAUAACGCAGCAACGCAGCUACACGACGACCCAAAUCUAGCUCAGGGCAGCGCCCUCGGAUCGAGAGACAAGCCCGCUCGAAACGAGCCCGCGGUUCAUGAAAGCAUAGCGCAUAUGGAUCGAGCUUGCAUGUGCGCCAUUGCUACGGGAAAGCACGCGGCCUUGCUGAAGGCGCUGAAGGACACUGGGAAUACCAUCUGCGGACGCCAUCCAAUCGGCGUGUUCAUGGCGGGAUGGGAGGAAGUGGAGAGCAAUCAGCAGAAUGCCAGCGAGGUAGGAGAGAGUGGUGCGGUGGAAAAGGGCCGCUUCAAAUUCGUCAGAUACGAGCGCAGCAGUGACGUGGUGAGCGCGAGGGACUCGAGCGUCAGCUAUGUCAGCGCUUUUGCGGUCUUGUGA